GGGCCCCGAGGGCGGCCCGCGCGGCGGGCGGUGCGCGCCGGUGCGCGCCAUGGAGUCGGCGCGCCCCGGGAGGCCGCGCGGCGAGACGCAGCAGCUGCUCGACGGCGGCUGCAGCGACGCGGCGCCAGGCAGUGGGGCCGGCGACCCCGAGGCCUCGAGCGCCGCGGCCGCGAGGGCGCCCGGUGGCCUCUCGGUGCCCCGGCGGCUCGCCGCGCUCUGCGGCGUCGGCGUGGCCGCGGCGGCGGCCUGCGUCGCCGGGGCGCUGCGCCCGCCGCGGGAGGCCGCGGGGGCGGCGCCUUCUGGGGCGGGGCUGGUGACCUUCGCGGGCGAGGCCCGGGAGGGCGCGAAGCUCGUGGAGACGGCCAAGG